AUGGGUCGCAGAAGGGCCAGCCUUUGGGCGCUUUUCCCAUGCUGCAACCCCAAGAAAAAGGCCAAGACAAGAAAUAAGUUGGCCUCAUCCCAAGUCCUGGAAGCAGAGUGGCCGGAGGAGUUGGCCACAUCUCAACAACUAAAGGCAUGCAGGGAGCAGCUUCUUACAAGAGAAGCGGAAAUCGCGGAGCUGAAAGCCGAAAGGAACAACACCAGGCUGCUGCUGGAACACCUGGAGAUCCUGGUUUCCCGGUAUGUGCCGUCCCUCCGGAUGACGGCGGGCCCGCAGCAGGCGCAGUCCCCAGCCAGCAUGACCAGCGAGGUGGAGCUGCUCAGGGCGCUGAGAUUGCUCUUUGAGCACCACAAGGCCCUGGACGAGAAGUGGAGAGAGCAACUACGACACGCUCUCGAAAGGUGUAGUUCCUUAGAAGAGGAAUUAAGGACCGCAGACAAACAGACGAGAGCUGUCCUGAAUGUCGCUGACGAGCCGUGGUCCUCACGUGCCCAGGUGCAGAGCCAGAGGGAGCAGGACUGGGAGUCCGCGCAGCAGGCCCGCGUGGUGGCCAGCGUGGCCCAGGCCUUCGAGAGUGACGAGGAUGUGUCUGACGGCGAGGGCGACGGGGUCACCCUCCUCAGCUCGGCCGGUCAGCUGCCGCCCAGUGGGCAGGCCGAUGGCGACACUCUUCCUGUGAUGCUUCAGGAGCAGCUGGACGCCAUCAGUGAAGAGAUCCGGUGGGUGCACCCGAACUCAGCUCGCCAGAAACUGGGCUUCUCUGAGGAGCUGUCUUCUCGUACGAGAAGUCUGAGUGUUCCAUACCGGGUGUCCGGGGGCCCCGAGGCCUGCCUGGGCCACACGCGCACAGCUACGCCCCUGUCCCGGGUCCAUGUCCAGAGCGGCCGCAGGCCGGUGACCCCGUGCAGGACCAGGCAGAGCUGCUGCUCAGAUAGUUCUCGUCACGUCAGCCCAGGCCGAGGUGCCCGUCCGUGCCUGUGUGCCGAGCACGCGGGGCUCGGGGGGAAGGCAGGGGUGAACGGCACAGCCAGCCAUCGCAGGUGGAUCCAGGAGGAGAAGGAGAGCUCGGAGCAGCGGGCCGAGGAGGCUGACAGAAGGGCGGGCGGGGCGCGCUUAGGCAGCCUUCGGCGUUUUAAGUCCCUGAGCUCCCUCAACCUGUGUCCUGCCUCCUCACUUGCCGGCUCCUGCCCGCCCAGCAGGGAGCGCUCCGUGCCCCGAGGGAGGUGGCACAGCCUGGCGCGCGAGGGAGACCAGCUGGGCGUCAUGACUCCGGUGCAGAGCCAGAGGGAGCAGGACUGGGAGUCCGCGCAGCAGGCCCGCGUGGUGGCCAGCGUGGCCCAGGCCUUCGAGAGUGACGAGGAUGUGUCUGACGGCGAGGGCGACGGGGUCACCCUCCUCAGCUCGGCCGGUCAGCUGCCGCCCAGUGGGCAGGCCGAUGGCGACACUCUUCCUGUGAUGCUUCAGGAGCCGCUGGACGCCAUCAGUGAAGAGAUCCGGUGGAUCCAGGAGGAGAAGGAGAGCUCGGAGCAGCUGGCCGAGGAGACUGACAGCAGGGCGGGCGGGGCGCGCUUAGGCAGCCUUCGGCGUUUUAAGUCCCUGAGCUCCCUCAACCUGUGUCCUGCCUCCUCACUUGCCGGCUCCUGCCCGCCCAGCAGGGAGCGCUCCCCACCCCGAGGGAGGCGGCACAGCCCGGAGCUCCAGGGAGAUCGGCUGGACGUCCUGACUCCGGUCCAGAGCCAGAGGGAGCAGGACUGGGAGUCCGCGCAGCAGGCCCGCGUGGUGGCGACCGUGGCCCAGGCCUUCGAGAGUGACGAGGAUGUGUCUGUCGGCGAGGGCGACGGGGUCACCCUCCUCAGCUCGGCCGGUCAGCUGCCGCCCAGUGGGCAGGCCGAUGGCGACACUCUUCCUGUGAUGCUUCAGGAGCCGCUGGACGCCAUCAGUGAAGAGAUCCGGUGGAUCCAGGAGGAGAAGGAGAGCUCGGAGCAGCGGGCCGAGGAGACUGACAGCAGGGCGGGCGGGGCGCGCUUAGGCAGCCUUCGGCGUUUAAAGUCCCUGAGCUCCCUCAACCUGUGUCCUGCCUCCUCACUUGCCGGCUCCUGCCCGCCCAGCAGAGAGCGCUCCCCGCCCCGAAGGAGGCGGCACAGCCCAGCGCUCCAGGGAGACCGGCUGGGCGUCCUGACUCCGCCUAGUGAUUUAAGGAAGCAUCGUCGAAAGCUGCCAGCUUUAAUGGAAGAGGAAGAAGACGACGAGACCAGCAUCAAAGGUGGAACCUCGAGCCCUGCCUCGCCACGGUCCCUUCGGCUGGACCGGCUGCACACGGGGGCGCUGCGCGCGGCCGGCCCCGAGGACGUCAGGGACGCCCGCAACUCGACCGGCUCUCAGGACGGCCCCGGGGGCAACCCCAGCAGCAGCACCAUCAGCCAGGACUCGCUGCACAAAGCCGCGAAGAAGAAGGGCAUCAGGUCCUGCAUCGGCCGCUUGUUUGGCAAGAAGUAAAAGGGCCGGCCUGGACUCCCGCGGGGUGCCAAGGUCACGUUCUCUGCCGCUGAGGGCUCUCCAGGGCCGACCUCCGGAGACCCGCCGACCCUCCACUCCCAGGGCGUGGCCUCCGUGCCCCCUCGGGACCAGGCCGGCCUGUGCUCACCCCGAAGCUCAGCAGGAGUGAGUCCUGAGUGUGGCGGAGUCCAGCCUCUGCGUUCCCGCCACGCUGCCGGGUCCCAGGAGCGCGGGAGGAAGCGUGUAAACCCAGAGUGCGACAGGAUGCUGUACACGGCCAGCCACACGGACGUCAGGGACGCCUGCAACUGCUUCAGGAAGCCUGGAGACAAGGCUUGGCGUUUUGCACAAUGGGAGGGGCCGGCUGCUGUGGUCUGGCGGGAGCUCUGGGUCGGGAUGCCGGCCUGGUAUGUGGCUGCUUGCCCAGCCAGCGUGAAGAACGACGCCAUCAUGUCCGCCCUGUUGGGCACAGGGAUCCAGCGUGAGAUCGGCAUCAGCACGCUGCGCCAGCUGAAGCUGCGGCUGGCGAUCCGGGAGAUCACGUCCCUGAGCAGCCCCUCCGCCCCUCCCACGUCCAGAACCACCUCAGGAAACGUCUGGUGAGCACAGGAGAUGGAGGCACUCAUGGCCACGCCGCCAACCGAGGAUGAGGAGGGAAGCUGGGCUCAGACCCUUGCAUACAGGGACGUGAGCCUCGAGCGGAUCGGCACCGAGUGACUGCCCAGCCUGGGCCUCCGGCAGUGCCGCAGCUACCUCAUGGAGUGCCUUGUGGACACGCGGAUGCUGGACCACUUGACCGAGAAAGACCUUUGCGGACGACUGAAAAUGGUUGACAGUUUUCACAGAAACAGUUUGCAGUGUGGAAUUGUGUGCCUGUGAAGGUUGAAUUAUGACUGAAAAGAACUGGAAAGGAAAAGAGAAGAAAGCCAGAAUGAACUAGCACAGAAUGAAAGGCUAGUCCCGUCCUCGCUGUCCCCACCCUCGGGCCCCUGCACGCUGUCAGUCGAUGGGGCGAAGGAAGAAGGCUGGGUGCCCGGGGCCGCUGUGUCCCCACUUGAUGGCAAGACAGACGGCCAGACAGCCUGGGCCGGGGUCAGGCUCUGUGGCUCAGACGCCUUGUGCACGCGCCCCCCAUGCCGCCAGGGUCCCGUCCGUGACAGCGGCGUCUCAGGGGCUCCUUUCUCCCUGGUUGGCGGUGCCGGCCACACUGGGGGAUCCCAGAGGGAGUGUGCGCUCACCCCGAGGGAGCGGGGCCUGGAGGGUCUCUUUGAUCAGCCCCGUGCUCUGCCCUCCCUGAAGCGGCCUGUGGAGAGCGGCAUGGCCCCCAGGACAGCAGAUCACGGGGCUCCAGGCCACGAGGGCCCGGCCACUGACCCACAACGUGGCGGGAACGCAGAGGCUGGACUCCGCCACAGUCAGGACUCACUCCUGCUGAGCUUCGGGGUGAGCACAGGCCGGCCUGGUCCCGAGGGGGCACGGAGGCCACGCCCUGGGAGUGGAGGGUCGGCGGGUCUCCGGAGGUCGGCCCUGGAGAGCCCUCAGCGGCAGAGAACGUGA